AGUAUCAAAUACUACUUUGUUCCCCUUGUCAGUGCUCUCUAGUGCGCGGUCUUAACAGAGAUUCAAAUAGCUUGUUGAAACUUUGAUUCGUAACCACAAAAACAAACUUCCAAUUUCAAAUCCAUGAAAGCCAACACAAAUUUGUGAACAAAUAUUCAAUUGGGGUUUCUUCUUCUUCUAAUGGCUUCUGAUACUCCUCGAGCACGCAUUGAUCAAUUCUUUGCUUCAAAAAAGAAGAGGAAGUCCCUAUCACCAAGUCUGAAACCUGCAAGAGCCAGGAAAGAUGUUAAGACUUCACAGGAAGGGUCUCCUUGCACGAAAGGUUCGUUGGAUGGGUUUUUAGUGACUUCUCAGGAUGAUAGUAAACCUUCGCACGAAGCUAGAGGCACACCGGUUAAGAGAAACCUGACAUUAGAGAUUGGUCCAUAUCUAAGAGAUGAAAAUAAAGAGAGUAAUUUUUUGGUGGAAGCACAAUCUACAACUUUUGAUACAAAAACUUCAAAGGAGAAGUCUGUUAUUUCCCCUGACUCACAUGUUGUUGAAAAUAGAGGUCAUGGAGAAGAUGUCUUGGUUACUACACAGGUUACCGGAAACUCAGAACUUAAGCAAUUUGCUACGAACUUCUUGUCAUUAUACUGCAGUUCAAGUUUACCUUCAGCGCAGAAUGAGGGUGCUAGUAAACGGAGUGGUAGCCCUUCCAUUCUUGAUGCGGAUAAUGAGAAUGCAAAGAGAAUCCGCUGCAUCUCGAGUGAAAAUAAUUCUAAUAUCAACAGAAACUCUAAUUCUGAGGGCGCAACUUUAAAUUCUAUUGAGAUAACAGAGGGGAAUACAUCAGGUGAAGCUCGGAUAAGCUUGAGAAAAUGCAACAAUCUACCUGUCAUUGGGUCAACUGAAUCUGAGACACCUGGUUCAACAUCUACGAAGCUUCGUGUUGGUGAUACUCCCAAGUCAAGUCGUGGUAGCUCCAUUUUUUCACCCGGCGAAACAUUUUGGAAUGAAGCAAUUCAGGUUGCUGAUGGUUUGUUUGCCGGAAGUGAUAAAUUUUCUCUUCAAGCAGCACAAGAGUCUGACGCUUUGAAAACUCAUAAUGAGAUAAUCAAUUCCAAUAAUCUUGGAAAUGGAGAGUGUGGCAAUAAGUCCCACAAAACAUUUAAUGAAGGUAUAGAGACAGUUUCUGAUGCCGGCGUUUUUUCUGCUGUUGGUUCAUUGAGGAAGUUGGGAAAGGAUCUGGAUGGAGAGAAGUCCCCCAUGCCGGUUAAGCAUUUUGAUUUUGCCUCUGACGAGAAAAAUUCCGAUGCUUUACAAUCUCACAGAAGUAACAUGGACAUCCAGACUAUUAGUGGCAAAGGAUCCCAAGAUCAUGUAAAUUUGAGUAGCUAUCCUGUCCUCAGCCAUUGCAAGGCAGCUCAAGCAAAAGGCAAGAUCCUUGAAGUUCAAAACAUGACUCCAGAAUGUCGUGCUGCUAAGGGUAACAAGAAUGUGCUUAUCCACGAUACUGAUAUAAUGGCAUCAACGACACCUCCGGAGAAACUUAAUAGUUGUACAGCUAAUUCCUUAUCAAGUAAAGACAACACUCCUUCAAGUAUGGCACCACUAAAGAAUCAUUUAGAUCUCAACCAUUGGCUACCUUCUGAAAUAUGCAACAUUUACAGGAAAAAGGGUAUUUCAAAAUUGUACUCAUGGCAGGUUGAUUGUCUUCAAGUGGAUGGAGUUUUGCAGAACCGGAAUCUUGUAUAUUGUGCUUCUACCAGUGCUGGUAAAAGUUUUGUUGCCGAGAUAUUAAUGUUACGGAGAAUUUUAUCAUCCGGAAAAAUGGGUCUUCUUGUGCUUCCAUAUGUAUCCAUUUGUGCAGAGAAGGCAGAACAUCUUGAGGUCCUUCUGGAACCAGUUGGGAAGCAUGUUCGCAGUUAUUAUGGUAAUCAGGGAGGUGGUAGUCUUCCAAAGGAUACCGCUAUAGCUGUCUGCACUAUUGAGAAGGCAAAUUCCUUAAUUAACCGACUGCUAGAAGAGGGUCGUUUGUCAGAGCUUGGUAUCAUUGUGAUUGAUGAACUCCACAUGGUUGGAGACCAGAAUAGGGGUUAUCUAUUGGAGUUGAUGCUGACCAAGCUUCGCUAUGCAUCUGGUGAAGGAAAUACAGAGUCAUCCAGUGGAGAAACUUCAGGUAUGAGCAGUGGAAAAGUUGGCCUUGCUGGCAGCCUCCAAAUUGUUGGCAUGAGUGCAACUCUACCCAAUGUGACAGCAGUCGCCGAUUGGCUUCAAGCAGCUUUAUAUCAGACCGAGUUUCGACCUGUUCCAUUGGAAGAAUAUGUAAAAGUCGGUAACACAAUUUAUAACCAAAAAAUGGACAUUGUCAGGACAAUCUCAAAAGCAGCUGAUCUUGGUGGUAAAGAUCCAGAUCACAUCGUGGAGCUCUGCAAUGAGGUUGUCCAAGAAGGCCACUCAGUGCUAAUUUUCUGCUCAAGUCGCAAAGGAUGUGAGUCUACUGCUAGGCAUGUGGCGAAGUAUCUUAAAAGAUUUUCCUUGAACCACCUGAGCAGCCAAAAUGAGUCAAUUGAUAUUACCUCUGCAAUUGAUGCUUUGCGAAGAUCUCCAGCUGGGUUGGAUCCUAUUCUGGAAGAGACUCUUCCUGCUGGUGUUGCCUAUCACCAUGCUGGACUCACGGUUGAGGAAAGAGAAACAGUUGAAACCUGUUACCGCAAAGGACUUGUACGUGUCUUAACAGCUACAUCAACCUUAGCUGCAGGGGUUAACCUCCCUGCCCGGAGAGUUAUUUUUCGACAACCGCGUAUUGGUCGUGACUUUAUUGAUGGCACAAGAUACCAACAGAUGGCUGGUCGGGCUGGUCGGACUGGUAUAGAUACAAAAGGAGAGAGUGUGCUGAUCUGCAAACCAGAAGAGGUCAAACGAAUAAUGGCACUUGUUAAUGAGAGCUGUCCACCGUUGCAUUCUUGUUUAUCUGAAGAUAAGAAUGGGAUGAUCCAUUCAAUAAUGGAAGUUGUAGCUGGUGGUAUUGUUCAAACAGCUAGUGACAUUAACCGGUACGUUAGGUGUACCCUUCUCAAUUCAACAAAACCAUUUGAUGAUGUGGUUAAAUCAGCACAAGAUUCUCUUCGCUGGUUAUGCCAUAAAAAAUUUCUUGGAUGGAGUGAAGAUACCAAGUUAUACACAGUCACACCUCUUGGUCGUGCAUCUUUUGGCAGUUCUCUCUCUCCUGAAGAAUCACUGGUUGUCUUGGAUGAUUUGAUUAGAGCGAGGGAAGGGUUUGUGCUUGCAUCUGAUCUGCAUGUUGUUUACUUAGUGACACCCAUUAAUGUUGAUCUUGAGCCUGACUGGGAACUGUAUUACCAGAGGUUCAUGGAGUUGUCUGCCCUGGAUCAGUCAGUUGGCAAUCGGGUUGGAGUUCAAGAACCCUUUUUGAUGCGAAUGGCUCAUGGUGCUCCAGUUCGUACAUCGUAUAGGUCAAAGGCUGGUACUAAAGGGUUGCAGGGAAAGUUGGAUAAUAGAUCUCUGAAUGACCAUAUGCUUUCAGAUGAGCACAUGCUUCGCGUCUGUAGGAGAUUCUUUGUGGCUCUUAUACUGUCAAGGCUCGUGCAGGAAGUGCCAGUUGUCGAGGUUUGUGAUGCAUUUAAGGUCGCAAGGGGUAUGGUUCAGGCUUUACAAGAAAAUGCUGGAAGGUUUGCUUCCAUGGUUUCUGUUUUUUGUGAGAGGCUUGGUUGGCAUGACCUUGAAGGAUUAGUAUCAAAGUUCCAAAAUCGUGUCUCAUUUGGAGUGAGGGCAGAGAUUGUAGAGCUCACCACCAUUCCAUAUGUUAAGGGUUCCCGAGCUCGAGCACUGUAUAAAGCUGGUUUCCGAACACCUGAAGCAAUUGCUGAAGCAUCAGUUCCUGAGAUUGUCAAAGUACUUUUUGAGUCUUCAUCAUGGGCUGACCAAGGUUCUGCACAACGGAGGAUCCAAUUAGGAGUUGCGAAAAAGAUAAAAAAUGGUGCACGCAAGAUUGUUCUUGAUAAAGCUGAGGAAGCAAGGCUUGCCGCAUUCUCAGCAUUCAGGUCGCUUGGACUUGAUGUUCCAACGCUUGCCCAGCCUGUCAUAUCUACUGCUGCUGGACAUAAUGCUCACAAAGAAGCUAGUACCUCCUCUGCAGAAGGGUCAACUAAUAGCUUUGUUAGCCGGGAGAACACGAAUCAAGUCCUUCCGACAUUACCCCAAGAAAGAAGUAAGGAGGUCAAUAUCACUAUUCCUGAUGCAGGAGCAGAAAAUGCAAAAGGGAAAAGAGUUGCUGACAAAGUGGUAUUUGAUAUAGAAGGAUCUAAUCGUAGCGGUGAAGUUAAUGAAACUACUCAUCAUAUUGAUAAUACAGAGACUUCCCCUUAUCCAACUUUAAGAGUUAAGGGCAUCGAAGGAGGUGGUACCUGUGAAAAUCAUAAUCCUGUUGGGGAACAACACUGCAAAGGAGCUGAGAUAUGUAAUGGAAGAGUCAAAGAAACAACAGAGAAGGGUCCUAUGAAUGCGACUGCUGUGGCUGGUGGAUUUGAUUCAUUCCUGGGUCUCUGGGAAGCUGCUGGGGAGUUCUAUUUUGAUGUCCAUUUCAGCAAAAAGUCUGCACUGAACAGCAUUGCCCCAUUUGAAAUAUAUGGCAUAGCCAUUUGUUGGGAAGAUUCUCCUGUCUAUUAUGUAAAUCUUCCGAGGGACUUAUUUUGGUCCAAAAGCAGAAAGAAUAGCCAAUCAUCGCCCAUUACCGGUGGUGAUAUUGGGAAUGCUCUACCACCAAAGCUUCAGUGGGAGAUAGCAAUACAACGCUGGAAUAGAAUUAGUACCAUAAUGAGGAAAAAAGAUAUAAAAAAGUUUACAUGGAACUUAAAAGUUCAGAUUCAGGUACUCAAGCAUCCUACUGUUUCAGUUCAGAGAUCUGGUGGCUUGAGUCUUUUGGUCAAAUCUCUUGGUGUGGAUCUAAUUGACAACAAUUGCUAUCUGUUGUCUCCUGUUCCCGUUCAAGAUGCAAUUGACUUGUGUAUAGUAGCUUGGAUCCUCUGGCCUGAUGAGGAGAAAGGUUCUAACCCUAGUAUAGAAAAGGAAGUGAAGAAAAGGUUAUCCAUUGAGGCUGCUGCUGCCGCUAAUCGAAACGGUAGAUGGAAGAAUCAGAUGCGACAAGUUGCUCAUAAUGGUUGUUGUCGUCGAGUAGCACAAACACGAGCCUUGUGUUCUGUUUUAUGGAAACUAGUCAUUUCUGAAGGACUUGUUGAGGCACUUGGAGCAACUGAAAUGCCAUUGGUCAAUGUUCUUGCAGACAUGGAGCUCUGCGGAAUAGGCGUUGACAUGGAAGGAUGCCUACAGGCACGACAAAUUCUGGGAAGAAAGCUGAAGAUUCUGGAAAAGGAAGCUUACAAGUUGGCUGGCAUGACUUUUUCAUUGUACACAGCAGCAGAAAUUGCGAAUGUACUCUAUGGGCAUCUACAGCUUCCUAUUCCAGAAGGACGUAAAAAAGGAAAACAGCACCCUAGUACCGAUAAGCAUUGCUUGGAUUUGCUAAGGAAUGAACAUCCAAUAGUUCCUAUAAUUAAAGAGCACCGCACCCUAGCAAAACUCUUGAAUUGUACAUUGGGGUCAAUUUGCUCACUUGCUAGACUAUCUAUGAGGACACAGAGGUACACACUGCAUGGUCAUUGGCUCCAGACGUCAACAGCAACAGGGCGACUGUCAAUGGAGGAACCAAAUCUUCAGUGUGUUGAACAUAUGGUUGACUUCAAAAUGAAUAACGAGGAUAAAGACAUUUGUCCGCUAGAUGUCAAUAAUUAUAAGAUCAAUGCGCGUGAUUUUUUUGUAUCUACUCAGGAGAAUUGGUUACUGUUAACAGCAGAUUAUUCCCAGAUAGAACUAAGAUUGAUGGCUCAUUUCUCUAAAGAUUCCUCGUUGAUCGAGCUGCUUAGUGAACCCCAAGGUGAUGUCUUCACCAUGAUUGCUGCAAAAUGGACAGGUAAAACAGAGUCUAUUGUGAGUCAAGGGGAGCGGGAUCAAACUAAAAGGUUGGUUUACGGCAUUCUUUAUGGAAUGGGAGCUAAGAGCCUUGCAGAUCAAAUCGAUUGUAGUUCAGAUGAAGCAGCUGAAAGAAUAGAAAGCUUUAAAAGAUCCUUUCCUGGUGUUGCUUCCUGGCUACAGGAAGCAGUUACAUCCUGCCGUGAGAAAGGUUAUAUAGAGACCCUCAAGGGACGAAAGCGUUUCUUGGCAAAAAUAAAUUUCGGAGACAGUAAGGAAAAGUCCAAAGCUCAGAGGCAAGCUGUGAAUUCUAUCUGCCAGGGGUCAGCUGCAGACAUUAUCAAGAUUGCAAUGACAAGCAUCCACUCUGUGCUUGAUAAUUUUGAGAAGUCUCCAUCCCAUUCUGCGGUUCAUGAAAAGUUUCAUGUGCUUAAAGGACGUUGUCGGAUCAUUUUACAGGUUCAUGAUGAAUUAGUACUUGAGGCUGAUCCUUCUGUUGCAAAGGAAGCUGGAUUGUUGUUGCAGACGAGCAUGGAAAACGCUGUUUCUCUUCUUGUCCCACUGCAUGUGAAACUGAAGAUUGGGAGCACAUGGGGAUCGUUGGAGCCUUUCUAGGCCAGAGAAUGAAUAGGUUUAAAUGUGGACAUUUGUUGGUAAAUUUUAAAACUAUCAGUUGCUUCAUGCUGUUCGAACAGUAUCAACAGCAGUUAUUUUCAGCAGUUUCCUCUCAAACUGGACAGUCUUUAUCUAACAGACCAAACAAUGAUGUUCGCAUGGCAUGCAACGGUAUAAUUUCGUGUGGAUUAGCUGCUCGUCAAGGUUAUAAUGCACUCUUUGUUGGCGUGUUUCAUAAUCUCACAACUUCUGUACAAGAAAAGGAUCUGAUUGAUGGAUCAGGUUACUUGAAGGAAGUGGGAAGGACAGAGGAAGGGACUUUUCACUUUAUUGAACAAAAUCUGCCCUUGUUGGUGCUCUGAUAAUUUUUUUAAACUAUGAUAUGAAGUAAUAUUGUGAUGAGGGAGCUCAGAACCAAGGCCGCUUUUCAAUAUUUUGAGAGCAUGAGAUAUCAAGACUCUGCUGAUGAGAUUUUCCUUAUUGUCUCCUGAGCAUGCUGCUUCACCGUGUUGUAAGCCGACAAGCAACUUAGAGGGGAAUGUGCUCAGAGAAACUCAGAGAAAGCGAUGCUUAAUAGUGAAGUGUAAUAUUGUAAGUGUCAAUUAAUGGCAGGGUAAUACAUAUCCAGAGAACCAAGGAGUAGUCCAAGUGGCGGAAGAUUUGUAGGUGCUGAAUGCUUGAUGCUUAAGUUUCAAAUCCUAGUGGAGCCAUAUUCGUUAUUCAAGCUUGUGUUGGCCCUGGGCUACGAAUCUUGUGGUGUGUCUCAUGCUCUUUAGUCGGGCAAUGAAUGGUUCCAAUGCAUUUAUUGGUCCCCUAAAGCCCAAAAAACAAGGGAAAAAGAAAAUUUCCGGGGAAGCAAUGGGCAUAGGAUAAAUACUUUUCCAUUGUCUAAGCCCUCAAAGUUUAGUCGAUGCGGAUCUCCAGGAACAUUUCGGGUUUCUAUGAAUUGCCAUGCGAGGAUAUUGAAUGUCUUCUGGUGCAUUUUCUGCUGUAUAUUCCCUGACAUCUGUUGCAUGUGGAAUUCGUUAAUGGUGUUUGAGAAAGUUAAAUUGCUGUAUUUUUGGCUCUCUUAUGGAAGAACAGCCUGGGCCAUGGAAGAUCCACAUCCUGUCACAUUGUUAGCAGAGGGUAGAGACAAAACAAUCUCAGGGGGUUGGGAUCUGAAGGCAUGCAGCUGUGUUAGCAACUUUCCUGGCAGUCAAAUUUGGAAAUAUAGAGCACACCCGAAAGGCUGUUCUCAUUGCUUGGAAGACCUCAUUGGAAGUUGCUGUGAUACGCGACAACUAGAGACAAUCAGAGGAGUUUUGAUGGUAAGUCGAAUCCAGAAUAACUGAAGUCUAUUUUUGCUUUAUUCCAGAUUGCUGAUGUUUCUGUACCUAGCAGAGAUUGAAUAGUGUCAACCAAGAGAUUGGUGGGAGAACUCAAAAAGAAAAUAAGAGUUACUAGUUGUUCUUGAAAACAUUGAACUAAUACAAAUAGAAAACACUGUUGGCUUCA